GUGUUUGAUGAAAAGAAAAUAACAUCAAAAUCGGUGGGAUUUAUCUUCAAGGAAAUUUGGUUAGAAUUGGAUUUACCAAACUGGGCAGUCAGCCCACUGACUUCAACAGGAUUAAGCCCAGUAUUUGGGCUAUGCAGGAACACAGGACGCUGCCCACUGGUCUAUCCAGCCCAAUAUUGUUGACACUGACUGGCAGCGGCUCUCCAGAGUUUCAGGCAGGAGUUUUUUCCAUUCCUCUUGGGAGAUGCCAGGGAUUGAACCGGGGACCUUCCUCAUGCAAAGCAGAUGCUCCACCUACUGAGCUACAAGUGGAGCACAAGAAACAGUCACCACUUGUGUACCAUGGUUCCCUAUUAUGUAUUUAUUUGUCUGCAGCAGGGCCUGGUUUACUGUGUUAAUGAAGAAAAGGACACUCAAUCAUUACUGUUUAUACCACAUGAUAAGCAGCUGAGCCAUGAGGAUUCUACAGUCUUUCAAUGGCAGAAAUGCUUGGAUGAUGGGACAGCUGUCACAUCACUUCUCCCCAAGCCCUGCCACUAUCAAUGGGAUGCGACAUUAGAACCACAGUCUUCACCGGCUAGGAAGGUGGCCGCCAUUUGCCUACUCGGGCUCCUUACACAUCUGUUGCUGCAAUGUUUGUCUAGAACCAGCCACCACGGUCUUUGCCUAUGUGACUGCAAUCUUAGCCAGAAAUCCAUAGUCUGGAAUAGAUACCUGAAGUCUUGACUGCAAUGAACCUGGAUUUGCAAACCUGAAGACCCAACAAAUACCUCCCAUCUUAGUUGGGCCAGGUAUCUCCCUAAGAAGAACUGGAGGUUUGUUGGGACACCUUGCCUUGGCACGGGAAGCAAGAUAUAACCCCUCUGAUGCCUGGACAUUUUCACAGAAUGUUAAUUUCUCCUUCCUGACUUCUCCCAACAGCCUGGAUUCAGUCCCUAAGUACUGAAUUAGCAUCCUCUUAAUUGACUGCCUGUUCUUUAACCAGGCCUCCUUUGCUGGUCGUUCCUUUUUAAAGGAGUGUGACUCCCAGUGGCAUUUAUCAUCAUUGGCAGAGGCUUUUUUAAAAACGUACUGUGGGAUCUCUGAAUAUAUUUUUGUUUGGGCUUUUUGUCCCCUUCCACCAUUUCUCUGGAGUUUGUUGUGACUAGUUAUUUCACCUGUGCGCACACACAGAGAGCAUCCUGAUGGCUUCCUAAAUCUGAGGAGCAAUUGCCAUUCAUGAUGGGGCGAGAGCAGGAGCUGAUCCAGGCUGUGAAAAAUGGGGAUGUACCUGGUGUGCAGAAACUGGUGGCUAAGGUCAAGGCAUCAAAAAGCAAACUCUUGGGAUCAACUAAACGGCUGAAUGUGAACUACCAGGAUGGAGAUGGAUUUUCAGCACUACACCAUGCAGCUCUGGUUGGGAGCCUGGAGCUCAUCUCGCUGCUGCUGGAGGCACAGGCCACGGUGGAUAUCAAGGACAUCAAUGGAAUGCGCCCGCUGCAUUAUGCUGCCUGGCAAGGCAAGGUGGAGCCCGUGCGCUUGCUGCUGCGGGCAGCUGCUUCCGUCAACAUGGCAUCGCUGGAUGGGCAGAUCCCGCUGCACCUUUCUGCACAGUAUGGCCACUAUGAAGUGUCUGAGAUGCUGCUCCAGCACCAGUCCAACCCAUGCCUUGUCAACAAAGCAAAGAAGACUCCCCUGGACCUGGCCUGUGAGUUUGGGAGGCUGAAGGUGGCCCAGCUGCUUCUGAACAGCCACAUGUGUGUGGCUCUGCUUGAGGGACAAUCGAAAGACCCAAGUGACCCCAACUAUACCACCCCUCUACACUUGGCAGCCAAGAAUGGACACAAGGAGAUCAUCAGGCAACUGCUAAAAGCUGGCAUUGAAAUCAACAAGCAGACGAAGACUGGCACUGCUUUACAUGAAGCUGCACUGUACGGGAAGACAGAGGUGGUGCGGCUGCUGCUGCAGGGUGGCAUUGAUGUCAAUAUCCGAAACACCUACAACCAGACAGCCCUGGACAUCGUGAACCAGUUCACCACCUCUCAUGCCAGCAAGGACAUCAAGCAACUACUCCGAGAGGCAUCAGGAAUCCUGAAGGUCCGAGCUUUGAAGGAUUUUUGGAACCUCCAUGACCCAACAGCUCUGAACAUCCGUGCUGGAGAUGUCAUCACGGUCCUGGAGCAGCAUGCAGACGGUCGCUGGAAGGGUCAUAUCCACGAUGCUCAGAAGGGUACUGACCGGGUGGGCUACUUCCCUCCAUCCAUUGUCGAAGUCAUCACCAAGCGGACAGCAGGUGACAGGAACAGUGUGGGCAGCGAGGGCAGCAUCGGCAGCAUCAGAAGCGCGGGCAGCGGACAGAGCACUGAAGGCAGCAACGGGCAAACCACCGGACUCCUCAUUGAGAAUGUGAAGCCGCUUUUGCCUGGUGGGGAGGAUCUGCAGCAUCACUUCCUGAGCUCACAUUCUCACAACGGACAGACCCAUCCCAUGCUAGGGAGCCUGAUGCACCAGAACCUCUCCAACUGCAACACUGGCGACAGGAUCUUCUCCCACCAGUAUCUACGCCCGGAGCAGCUCCUAGAGGGGAAGGAUGCCGAAGCCAUUUACAACUGGCUGUGUGAAUUUCAGCUGGAGGGCUACACAGCCAAUUUCCUGAACGCAGGCUAUGACGUGCCCACCAUUAGCCGCAUGACUCCAGAGGAUCUCACCGCCAUUGGGGUGACCAAGCCAGGCCACAGGAAGAAGAUUUCCACGGAGAUUGGGCAGCUCAGCAUUGCCGAAUGGCUUCCAAAUUACAUCCCCGCUGACCUGAUGGAGUGGCUGAGCGCCAUUGGACUGCCUCAGUACCACAAGAAGCUGGUGAGCAAUGGCUAUGACUCCAUCAGCAUCGUGACUGACCUGACUUGGGAGGACUUGCAGGAGAUCGGCAUCAACAAGCUCGGCCACCAGAAGAAGAUCAUGCUCGCUGUCAAGAAGCUGGCUGACCUCCGCAAGAGCCUGAGCCAGGCGGACUCCAGCACCCUGAGGCGCAAGAUCCCCGGCGCCCUGGACAUCGUCACCAUAGAGGCGGUGGAGAACGGGGAGUGCCACUCCCCCCUCACCCCAAAGAUGACCACCUUCCAGGACAGCGAGCUGAGCUACGAGCUUCAAACGGCCAUGUCCAACAGCUGCCAGGAGACGCUGACCAUCAAAAGUACCCAAGGCAUGUCCCGAAGCCAGGAGAGCAUCGGCGUGCGGUCCAGGGGCUCGGGGCACUCCCAAGAGAACAUGCUCUCCCAAAGCACCGCCUCGAGCCAUUCCCAGGAGAGCCUGGGCAGCGGCGAGAGCAGCAGCGGGAGCAGCGGCAGCCGCUCUUCCACCCAGUCCCACCUCACGGAAAACACUGCGGCCCCCCAGGGCCGGCCCGGCCUGGACAGCUACGGGAAGUUCAGUCCUCAGCUCGGCAGUCCCGAGGGACUCAACGGUUGUUCUGGCGGUUCUGCGGGAAGCCCUCUGAGGGAGAGGAAUCUGCCGGAGGGGACGGAUCAGUUCCAGAGGCCGGGAACCCUGAAAGGGGACUUCCCUCCCCAGUCAGCCCCAUCGGAGGCCCCGAGCCCAUGCCCCGCCACGCCCCCCUGCACACCCCCCCAGACGUCCAGCAGGGGGACAGCCCCAUACGUCUUCAUGUACCCCCACGUGUCCCUGAAGGCCCAGCCUUCCCCGCCCCCUGUGCUCGAGCACACCAAGGCCCCUGGCCACUUCUCCACCCAGAGGACCGCGCUGCAGUCAACCGCCCAGAAGGCCUUCUCCUAUCUUCACGCUCACUGCGGUCCAGCAGAGCCGCCGCACGUGCCCUCAAAGCCUGGGGCCGAGCCGCCAGACGGCGAGGGCUUCAAGCACAAGAAGCGCUCGCACAGCCUGAACCGCUACGCUCUGUCCGACGGGGAGGCGGAAGAGGAGGAACCGCCUCCCAGCAGCUCGGUAGGCUCGUACGCCACCCUCACCAGGCGGCCGGGGCGGAGCCAGGUGCCACGGACACAGGCCUCAUCGGACACUAAGGUCUUGCGCAGUCAGUCCUUCGCCAUCCGUGCCAGGAGGAAAGGCCCACCGCCCCCUCCUCCCAAGCGCCUCAGCUCCGUCUCCACCGCGCAGGCGGUGGAUGCAGAGUGCGAACAGAGCCCCGAGUCCCAGAAGGGGCUCGCGCAGACCCAGGAAGGUGGGGACCACACGCGUGAUCAGGGUGGCCCGAUGAGAAACCCGCAGGCCGUGACUGAGGGACCUGGAGCUGAUGGGAGUCCCGUCCUGCUGCUCCACUCUGCAAAGCCCGCGGGUUCAGCUCAGGACGGGGCCAGCCACACCGGCUCACGUCACUCAGUCCUGGGAGGAGAUCCCAGCGGUGCCGAAGCCGUGAGUGGCAGGGGCCACCUCUUUGAAAACAACCCUCCCCGGAGACGGACAUUUAGCGAGUCCGCAGCCAGCGCAGCGGAGGCGUCGCGGCACAGCCCUGAGGACGCCCGAUCCGACACGGAGGAAGAGGGGCUGAGCGGGCGGGAGGAGGGGGCCCAGUCCCCCUGCUCGUCGCAGAACAGCUCCAGCGAGUGCAUUCCCUUCGCCGAAGAGGGCAACCUGACCAUCAAGCAGCGGCCCAAGCCGGCUGGGCAGCUGAAGGCAGAUGCCGCCGCGCCAGAUUCGGAGCCCACCGCUGCCCAGCCUCCCCCCGGCGGGGAGGAGCAAGCAGCGCCCGCAGCCAAGGAGAGCCCCGCCCUGGAGUUCAACCUGACGGAAUCCGACACGGUGAAGAGGCGGCCGAGGUGCAAAGAGAGGGAGCCCCUCCAGAACGUGCUGAAAGCCUUCGGGGUGGCAGCCUCCAGCCCAGCCCCGGUAGCCCCAGCGCCGCAGUACGCCCAGGCUCAGGCCGUCAGCAUCAGCGGGCCCUCGCUGCAUGUCACGGAGGCCCCGCCCCCGGCCGGGGACACUCUGGAUGACAACAGUAUGCAAUUCCAGAUCGCCGAGAUAGAGAAGAGCAUCUUGUCUCUGGAACGGGGGAUCAGGACGUCACCGGUCUCUUCGACGCCAGCCAGCCCUGUGCCGCCGCCGUUGGAGAAGCACGGGGGAUCGGUCCAGCAGAAGAUGCCGGGCACAGCGACUGACCUCUCCGCCAAGCACACAUCCGUCGCUUCAACCAAACUGGUAUUUUCAGGACCAAAAUCCAUCUACCAACAAGUCCUGCAGAACUCUCGCAACACAGUUGCCCCCUGGGCCACGACUGAGGUGGGGCUGGAGGCGACAGGCCCCUACCCGGUGAAGCUAGGGCCGGGCAGCAAACCCGCCUCGAGUUUUGGAGCAUCCCUUUCCACGAGGCCUUUGAGCGCAUCUCCAGACGCGAUCCAGGCCCAGCAAAGACUGGAGCAAACCAACUCGUCGUUGGCGUCCACCCUGGAAGCUGCCGAGAAGAAAAUCACUGCAGAGGAAGCAAACAGCCACUAUGGGAAAGCCCAUUCAGCCAAGAACAUCCUCGAAGACAUCAGCAACAUGUUUGAUGAUCUAGCAGAGCAGCUGGACGCCAUGUUGGACUGAAGGCCGGCUUCCUCCCGUGGGGCAGCGCUGUGGGCUCAUCCGUCCACUGUUGCCGUUCAUGAGGUCAAGUGGACAACCUCAGGGAUGAGUCCCACCGACUCCUUCCGGCCUCCCCAGUCUGCACUUUAACAUCUCGCUCGCCUGAGCAUUUCCUCCAGAGAGUGACGGUCCAGCCGGAGACGACCACAGCCAGCCACUUACAUGCAGGGCCAUUCCUGCAGCGAGAACAUGCAUCAACUCCACUUCCCCACCUGUGUCCCAGGACCUCGCCAGGCCUGUGAAUGCUGACCACCCGCAACGGCGCUAAGGGGCCGAGUGAAGGCCGACGGCUUUGACUAAUCAUGGGGAAGAUCAGUGCCAGGGAUACUGAGGGCACCCUGGGAGCGACAGCCUCCACCUACACAAAGCCCUGCGCAGCGACACUUCUUGCCUGUUCCCGCAUUCUGUCAUGUUGAGGAUGCCAGCGAUGUGUCAGCCUCCACAGGCCAGGGCCGAGGGCUCAGCGAAGUCUGCUGCCACCCUGCUUGCCCAAAUGAAACCAGGCUAAUGCCUGGCAGCUCACACAGCAAGACAAGCCCUUGGGGCCUUUCCAGCAUUCAGCAGAGGAAGCACCGUGUAAUUCGGCUGGACUGAAAUCCCUCACUCAGCUCCUUUCCCUGCUCUCCCUCUAAAAGCAGUUGGCACUACUUAUGGCUCUCCAAGUUCUCAGACAAGCAAAAUGGGUUCUACAUUUCAAUAACAGGAUUUCAGGGGAACUGAAAACUACUUGACCUUCUUUCCAGAGGACCUUGGGCUCUUUCAAUGCUUGGGGCAGGCAAAGAGGGCUGGGAGCGGGAAAGAAGAUUGUCUUUUGGCUUUUCUUUCAAUAGAGUCUGGGAGGAAAGGGCCGAUUAGUGGGCUGCAGUCUAUAGCGCCCUCUAGUGGGAACUGGCAAAGAGGAUAAAACAGUGCGUGGCAUGCGAAUAGGCUCCCCCAUCACUAUAAGAAGAAACGUUUCCCAGUUCAAAAGGGUGCUUUUCCCAGUUACAAAGGAUGCUCCCAACUGCCAUUCAAAAGACAAUGUGCAAUUAUCCCAUCUCUGCCCCCUCAAGGGGUAUUUUUCUAGAGAGAGAGAGAGAGAGAGAGAGAGAGAGACGCAGCAGCAGCAAAAAACAUAGGAAGGUUAAAAGGGGAGACAUUGUCCUAUGGUCCCACUGGAAUUGCCCAAGAAACAUCUUGUCCAGAAUCAUCCAAGUUCUUCCCUGCCUCUUUUGCAGUAGAGAAUCAAACAUCUCUGUCAUCCUUCUUUGUUCAUUAGAGAGGGACUGAAACCCCCCUGGAGCACCUGCUUUCUCUGUGGAAAGUCCACUAUUCAGUCCCCAGCAUCUCCAGGUACAGCUCAGUAAGCACUUGCCUGAAACCUGGGAGAACCUCUGCCAGUCAGUGUCAACAGGACCAGGCUAGAUGGACCAUGAGCUGACCCAGUCUAAGGCAGCUUUCUGUCACCCACUCCAGAGAUACCACCUUUGUGGAACGUUGCAGGAGACAAAGGCCCAGUUACAGCUGUGUGGUGCACCAACUCCUUUCUCAGAGUGGUUCAGCCUUGACGAAGAGGUGCUUGUGUAUCAGCAACACCUGUAGAAAUAUGCCCAAGAUGGUACAAACCUGGCAUCCUAUGGAAACAUGACUGAACAUAGGAAAGAACAAUACAAUCACAGACACUCGCUACUUCAGACUACAGAGCCAUUUUUCCCAACCUGGUGUAAUCAGAAUGUGUCAGAUUGCAAGUCCCACCAUUUAUACGUGAAGCUGUUGUUUUCUGGCUACAUCUGAAAUGAGGGUAAGGUAUAUCUGUCAUGAAACUUCUGCCAACACCAUCAGUGUUGGAGAAAGACAGAGCAACUGAAUGGAAAACAACUGACCCUCUCAUCACCGCGAAGGCCUUGGCAGACAAAGCAAGGAUGCUCUGUGCUCUAGUUUCUCCAUGGUGAAUCGUGACGUGGCAAGUGGCACUGCUCUGGAAGGAGGCGAAAUCCAAAUGGAGAUGGGAAAAAGCAACAAGGGCUGGCAAACUUUUAAAUCUAUGACAUGGCCUAUUGACAGGUCUUGGCCACUAACAUAGUUUCUCUUUAUUUUCUGGCUUCCCUUUUAUCCAUCUUGUCAAGUGGAUUAGUCAUCCUCUGGUUGAUGACUAAUGCUAAAAGAAUAAUUCAGAAAAAUAGCUGCAGCCAGUGGCACUUUAUAGAAAGGGUUUCUUCCAACCUUUUUUUUUAAAGGUUUGAAUUUCCACACUAGCUGACAUGGGAUGAGUCCAUUUUUUCACUGUUGAUAAAACUGUAAAAGAUUUUUUUU